GAGUUCAGCGGAGCCGAUUCAAACUCAGGCGGUAGAGGAGAGAUUGAACGAAACUACGAUGGCAGCAGAAGAGCAGAUCCAGCUGCUGAGGAGUCAGCUGAGGGAGAAGGAGGAGCAGGUCCACAGAGCUGCUCAGGCUGGUCUGGACCUGCUCAACCAGCAGGUGGAGCUGCAGGCCAGGCUGGACGAACAGAGAGUAGAGAUGACCAACGCACUGGAGGCUCUGGAACAGGAGAAAUACUCCCUGCAGAGGGAGGUGGCGUUAAAGACUCGGAUGCUGGAGUCGUUACAGUCGGACUAUGACUGUGUGAAGAGCCAGCAGAGCCAGCAGCUGCAGGAGCAGCGGGAACAUCUGGAGAGGAGCCACAGCCUGGCAGCCAGCGAGCUCCACAACAAGAUGCUGGGGUUGCAGUCGGCCCUGGAGGAGGCCCAGCUCAACGAGAAGCAGCUGAAACACAAGCUGGACGUGCAGACGGAGACGCUGAGCAACAAGAUGGAGGAGCUGCGAGCCCUGAACGAACACACCCAGAGCUCCAUGACGUCUGAGAUGAUGGAGGUGCAGAUGAAGAUCAUGGAGCUGGAGAGCCUGAAGGUGGAGCUGGAGCAGCAGGUCCAGGAGCACCAGUACAAGGAGCAGCAGCUGGACCUGAGCGUCAGCAGCCUGCAGCGCCAGCUGCAGCGCAUCACCGAGGACAAGGAGGACCGAGAGAAGGAGGCCGUGUCCUGGUUCAACGCCCUAGAGAAAUCCCGAGAGCUGAGCCGGGACCUGCAGGUCCAGCUGGACCAGGUUCUCCAGCAGGCCCAGGACCCCAGCAGCAAAGGGAACUCUCUGUUUGCUGAGUUGGAGGAUAAACGGGCUGCCAUGGAGAGGCAGCUCAUCAGCAUGAAGGUCCAGUACCAGUCGCUGCAGAAGAUCCACGCCUUCAGCAAGCAGCAGAUGCAGCGCAUGAAGGUCCAGAUCGCCACCCUGAUGCAGCUCCAGGGCUCCAGGGCCGACCCGGCCCAGCUGGAGAGGCUGCAAUCCAUGCUCUCAGAGAAAAACGGAGAGAUCCAGAACCUGAUGAGCAAACUGCAGAGACUGGAGAAGGUGGAGGUUCUGCUGAAGUCCGGGCCAGCCAACCCGGGCCAGGCAGAGCCAGGGGACGGCCAGGACGAGACCUACUACACCGACCUGCUCAAGAUGAAGCUCAGCAACACCGUUAAAGACGCAGAGCGUCUGGGGGACGAGCUGUCCCUGCAGAGGAUGAAGUCUCUGUCGGAGAGUCAGAGAGCGCUGGAGCUGGAGAGGAAGCUCUUCACGUCUGAGCGGCUGCUGAAACAGGUUCAGAGUGACAAGAUCAAGCUGCAGCUGCGGGUGGAGGAGCUCCAACAUAAAUAUGAACCCAAAGAGUUGAGAGAGAACCCGGUGCAGAAGAGAAAGAAAGAAAAGCUUCCUGUUGACGUCACGGCAGCGCCCGAGGAUCCCACCCCCCACAGGAGGGACCAGCCCGUCUCCGUCGCCGUGGAGACGGUGGCGAGGGCAGGUUCUGGUUCUGACCCGAUCUGCCCCCCGGAGGAGACGAGCAGGCCCCCCCCAGGUCCAGACGCCGAGGCCAAACCUGCCAAGUGUGUGAAGAUCAGUCCAGACGACCCGGCGGAGAUCCCCGGCCUCAGCUCUGCUCCCACCGACGCCCAGGAGAACCAGAGGCCCAGCAACCGGGAGGAGAGGAGGAGGAAGCAGAGAACCGUGGAGAUGAUCCACGUCAGCUCCAGCAGCAGCAUGGAGACGCAGUGUGCGCAGCAGUAGAGCCGCUGCAGGAGCUGCUGCAACAGCUGGAACUGCUGCAGGAACAGCUGCAUGUGCAUGGAAGUGCUGCAGAAACAGCUGGAACAGCUGCAACUGCUGCAGGAACAGCUGGAACUGCUGCAUGUGCAUGGAAGUGCUGCUGUACUGGAUGAAAUGGUGUUCAUUAGAAUAAGAAUCCGUUCCUGUACAUUCCUUGUGCUCUUCCUCUUGUAUUUUAAUCGCAAUAAAGUCAUGUG